UGGCAGGGGUGCGGGUGGGGGUCGGGUUGGAAAGAGACUCGGAGAAGAAGAGAUACCCAGAGACGCGGCCCGGCCUCCGAGGGGCGUGGGCCCCAGGAGGCGGGUCCGGCCUGGGGGCUGGGCCAUCGCCGGGUUAAAGGCGGCUCCUUCCCCGCGGCCGCUGCUCCCGGCGUCGCACGUUUGUCCCCGCUGUGAUGGCCUCGUUGCCUCUCCUGCCCUUCCUGCGUCUGCUGCUGCUGCUGCGUCUGCUGCUGCUGCUGCUGGAGGGCCCCUCGGCGGCGCGGGCGUCCCUGCUGGGAACACUCCCAGAGGGGGCGGCCCCCUGCAAGGCUGGUGAGCUAUGCCUGAGAGCGCCCCUGGGGAAGUCAGACCCACCACCUGUCAAUGUGAGCCUCUAUUAUGAGUCGCUGUGUCCCGGCUGCCGAUAUUUUCUGGUCCGAGAGCUUUUCCCAACGUGGCUGUUGGUCCAGGAGAUCCUCAAUGUCACGUUGGUGCCCUAUGGAAACGCUCAGGAACGAAACAUCAGUGGCAAGUGGGAGUUCACAUGUCAACACGGGGAGCAGGAAUGCAAGCUUAACAAGGUGGAGGCCUGCCUGUUGGACCAGCUAGAGAGGAACGUGGCCUUCCUAACCAUUGUCUGCCUUGAGGAAAUGGAUGACAUGGAGAAAAAUCUGAAGCCGUGCCUGCAGAUCUAUGCUCCAAAGGUGUCCCCGGACACCAUCAUGGAGUGCGCAAUGGGGGACCGUGGCAUGCAGCUCUUACACAUCAACGCCCAGCUGACAGACGCUCUGCAACCACCCCACGAAUAUGUGCCCUGGGUCGUCGUCAAUGGGAAACCCAUGAAAAAGCAGGGUCAGCUUUUACGCCUCGUUUGUCAGUUGUACCAGGGCGAGAAGCCGGAUGUCUGCCAAAUCAUGACCAGUUCCCACAAGGAAGUCUGUUUCAAGUGACGGCCAGUGCCCCGGGAGGGGGCUGAUGUAGGAAGAGAAGGAUCCCAUCUGCCCUCGUUUUCUGAUCUCCAACUCUCAGCAACCACUACUCAUCAUCUGGAUAACUUCUACACAUUCCAUUAAUCCGGGACUCAAAAUUCUGCCCCUAGAUCAAGAAUCUUGCCCUACUGAGAAUGGUGCUACAUUGAAACUUGUUCAAUAAACACUUCUGGAUGUUGUGAUUCA